UUUUUCCUACCUCCGCCAAAUAUUACGAGACUGGUAUUUGAAAAUUGUGGAUUUACCUUGACAUGGGAGCGAUACACACAAAGAGAUAUUCUCACUGCUGGAUAUCAAGUAAAACUUGUUUCUGUCAAGCGUGGUUCAGAUAAAGUCACUAACGUUUCCAGUGACACUCAAAGUUACACGUUUUCAUGUGAUCUAAUUCCCAAUUCUGUUUAUGCAGUAAGUGUCAGGGCAAUAACAAAUGUUGGAUACAGUAACUGGACUGAAAAUCAACUGAAAGCGUCUGCAGGUAAUUUCUGUAAUAUAUUUGUUCGUUCGUUCAUACAUGCAUUCAGUUGUUCAUUAAUAAUACGUAAAAAUACAUUUAUCGCAGAACCUCGCGAGGUUUGGGGUAGGGAGGCCUGUGUUCGUCAUUAAUAAUAAUUUAUUCAUUCGUUAAAAAUCUAACCUGCAUUGAGUAGCAGUGGCCUGAAAAUUGGCGUUGUUGCUGAUUUACAAAUGCGCAUUCCUUUUCUGAAAGUUAUAUCGCUCUUGCUUCCCAGUGUCAAGUCUUUAUUUUAAUUGGUCAAGUGACCAACAAAAAGAGAAAGCUUAGUAAUCAGGUCUGUUAAAAUGAGUAGAAAAUCAAUAAUUUAAAUUAAAUAAUUUUCAAACUUAUAUGCUUACAGAUAUCCCUGACAAGCCAGUUAUUAAACAGAUUACAUCAAAGGGAUGCGUGGCUGCUCUGCAGUGGACUGGGCCGAAGCCCAGGGAAUGCCCAGUUCUCUUCUACAAGAUUCGCUACAAGGAAGAGAAAGCAACUAAAAGCGAGUGGAAUGAGAUAAACGUCACAGACCCAGACGCCAAUAAGCUCGAACUGACUUUGAAGUGUGUUACAACAUAUGAGUUUGACGUUUUAGCGUGGAAUGCCCUGGGAUGGAGUCUCCCCUCUACUGUGCGAUCAGUAACAACGGAAGAGGGCCGGAGUGUUUUUAAAUCCCAUAAAAGUUUGUAA